AUGGAAAACUUGGAUUAAAAUUCUAAUACAGAUGAUCGAAAUCUUCAACUCUCUUAAUUAGUAUUAUAAUAAAAAAGGGAAAAAAUUCUAUUACAGAAAAAGAUCUAGACUCUAGAAAAAUAAAAUAAGUAUAUAUUAAUUAUAUUAGAAUCUUGUAAUAAUAAAUGGAAUAAUGUAAGAAUGAAAAAGAAGAUCAAUCUAAUUAAAUUAAAUAACUUAAAGAAUACAUAGCUAAAUAAGAUUCUGUAACUACUAAAUUAAAUGGAUUAAUGUAAAUUAUUAAUUAUGAUGAAGAAAAAAGUUGCUUCAAAGAGAUGAAGAGAAUUAAUAAUAUGAUCAUUCAUUAAGUGCUCCUAAAACUGAUGCAAAAUCUAAUAAAUAUGAUAAUUAAGAAAGGAAAAAAAAAGAUAAAGAGUAAUCUAUAUUUAUAAUUUAUCUAGAUAUCUAGAAGAAAACUAAAAAUUAGAUCUAAAUGAACAAAUUAUUGCUUAAUAUAAAAAACAUUCUCUUAAAGAUCAAUCAAUGUCUAGUAAAUUACCUCCCAUUGAAGAUACAAAGAAUAAACCAAUUGUUGUCUAAGUUCCAAAAAGUUAAUUAAAGAAAAUUAACCCUUAAUAUUUAAUUGAACAAUUACAAAAGGAAUGA